UUCUUAGUUAAAUCUUUUAAUCCACUUUUAAUAAAUCUAAAAAUAUGGCCAUUUACUACUUAAAGUUUGCUGGAGAAUUGUCCAAUGUCACUGACUUGCAACCAUUGGAUGAUCAAUCCAAUCCAUACGAAUAUAUCUUUAAGGUAACAUGUACUUCAUGUCAUGAAACACACCCAAAGGCAGUUUCAAUUAAUAGAUUUGAAUCUUAUGAUAUAGGCGAUUCUAAGGGUAAAGCUAACUUUGUGUUUAGAUGUCGCAUGUGUAAAAAGGAAAGUUCAGCAAAUAUUGAUAGAACUGUGGCUAAAUACACUGUUGAAGAUGACUCAAAGUUAGUCCCAAUACUUCAAAUUGAUGCAAGAGGUUUGGAUUUAUCUGAUUUUGUUGCUGAGGGAAGAUUUGAAUGUAAAGGUUUGAAUUCUGGUACAACUUUCAAUGAAGUUGAUUUGAGUGAUGGUGAAUGGUAUGAUUAUGAUGAUAAAGUAAGUGAAGAAGUUAGUGUAACUGAAAUUAAAUGGGAAAUUCUGCGUUAAUGAAUUAAUAUAUUUUCUAUAAUAUUAACAAUGACAUAUCCAUGAAUAUGUCUUUCAUUCUCCACUCUAAUAUCAAAGUACAUUCCCCACUUUAGAAGAUUCGAAUCCUGUACAUACAUACUAUUGUACACGGUAUAGAAAUCUUGCAUCAAAAACUUGAAACCCCCCUUUUUUUCUAUAAUGAAACCCUAAUGAAAUUUUAUGAUUAGAUAGCAUUACAUAGAUAUAUACAUAUACAAGAAAGAAAAA